AAACAGUAGUUCGAUUUUUUGGUUGCAGAUUUUUCUGGUGCAGCAUGACUCUCCAAGCUAGUUCUUGUAGCUUCGGUGGCAUCUCCUCCUUGACAUGUCCACCCAAAACCUUCCGUCUCCGCCGCGUUCCACCCAGUGUAAUUCGAGCCAAAGUUUUGUUUCAGUGGAACCAUCGGAGAAGUCGGUAGAGAUAAUGAGGAAGUUCUCUGAGCAGUAUGCUCGUAAGUCCGGGACGUAUUUCUGCGUCGAUAAGGGGGUCACUUCUGUUGUCAUUAAGGGAUUGGCAGAGCAUAAAGAUUCGUUGGGUGCACCUCUUUGCCCUUGUAGGCAUUACGAUGACAAAGCAGCUGAGGCAGGGCAGGGCUUUUGGAAUUGUCCAUGUGUUCCCAUGAGAGAAAGGAAGGAGUGCCACUGCAUGCUCUUUCUAACUCCAGAAAAUGAUUUUGCUGGAAAGGAUCAGAAAAUCUCUUUGGAAGAAAUCAGGGAAACAACAGCAAAUAUGUGAUAUUUAAUGGUAUUGUAUUUAUUUAUUUGAUGAGCUGUAACCUUGUAUUUGGCUGAGAAAUUACCACACAUAAUGAGUGUAUAUUGUAUGCUAUAACUAAUCAGAAAGCAAAUCUAAUUUCUCACUGUCACAGUUCUGAGGCAAUUUUCCCCCCUGUUAUUGUCCAUGUUUGAGUGAGAUCAUAGUGCUCACGCUCAUGACGAUGUUUUAAAGUGGAAAUUUCUCCAAAUUCUAUGGUACAUCAAGAGAGAUUUCAUC